AUGCAUUUUGAUUUUUUAAUUUUAUUUGUAAUUACCAAUAGCCAAACAACAAGUAAAGAAGAAUUUUUAAGUAAAAUUGAUCAAUAUCUUUUAGAAGAUUCUUUAUUAUUGAAUAAUGGAGAUAAAGAAUAUAAUGAAUUAGAGAAACAAAUGAUUGAACAAAUUUAUAGAGAUGCAUUAAAACGUAUUAAAAAUAGAUUGGUUGAACAACAACCAAUUCAAUUUAAUCCACCAACUUAUAAUCAAACAGUGAUUGAUGCAUUUUCAUCAAAAACUUUAUUAAAUCCACAACAAAAUCUUACCUAUAAUCCAUAUGAUCUUCAAAAUUUAAAUACAACAUUAAAUGAUUCAGUUUGUGGUGUACUAUAUCCAAAUGAAAAUGAUCGUUCAACUUAUUAUUUAGUGAAUUAUACAUCUGCUCAAGAAGCGGAAUCAGCAGGUGCUUUCAUAACUCAUCUUCAUAAUUGUGGUUAUUGUUCAACAACUAAAGAUUUAGCUAUGUAUAUGUUUCACUUUGAUUUAACAUCACCAAUUAGAGAUUGUGGAAUUGUUUCUUUCAUUUCCUAUGAAGCCUCUUUAGAUUGUAUUCAACAUUCAGCUGGUUUAACCUAUAAUUGUGCUGUGAUUUGGUUAUAUGAUGCUUUAAACACUAGAAAGGAUUGUCUCGAUAUUUGUCUCUACGAUUGGAUAAUGCAUAUUCCAAAUAAUGUUCCUGCAAAUUCAACAAUCUUAAAUCCUUGUAUUCAAUGUGAUGAAGAUAAAAGUGGUCCUAUCUUUAAAUUGGUUGCUGCAAGAACUCGUAGAGAUAGUGGUUUAUUAAGUGCUAUCAAUAGACCACCCAAUUCAAUCUAUAACAUUACUCAUUAUUAUUAUUAA